AUGGAGAAGCUAAAUCCAGCUGUGAAAUCAAGUGUAGGAAAACAUGCGGAAGGUGAAACCACAACUAAGACUGAUGAUUCUGAAAGAUAUGGAGGUUCUGAAACUUCAGGAGAGAAAUCAACAAAAGCACAAACUUCAGAAGCAGAAUCUGGAGAAUCUGAACCUACCUCCACUUCCUCCGAAGUCACUGAAUCAUUGGGAGGACCUGGAGAAAGUCCAGAAGCUUCAGGAGAAUCUGAAGGUAACACUGCUUCCAAGUUUUUCACAUAG